UCCACGGCGCCUGCGCAUUGAGCACCUGGCGUUGGCGUCACGCAACGGCCCCUCUUCGGGGGGCGGUUUGGAAAAAACAGCGAGCGGUUGGUGAGACGGAAUGGGGCCGAAAACCGGCCUCCGUUACCGCUCCAGAAAAUCUCCGACUCCCUCCCCUCGCUUCAUCCAGUGCUGCAACUAACAGGAACUGAGGGCGACGCGACACAGGCCAAGCCGGGCCGUGCACUGAGCGAUUUGUCGGAACCGCUGAGAAAGAAGUAUGAAUGUCACUACUGUUAUAUUAAGAACUUGGAAAUUUGCAACCUGAAUCUCCUGAGACCAAAGCAAAAUGUGGUAAUAGCAGCAUGGCUGAGGAUUGUGUUGGAUCUACCUACAGUGUGCUGUCAACAAUGCCUUCUGACUCAGAAAGUAGCAGCUCCCUCAGCAGUAUUGGUACAGGCACAUCUGGGAAAGCUGCUUCGCCUCCACCAAUGCUGAUGGAUACCAGGCAAAUGAGUGAGAAGUUAGAAUCCAUCGUAUUCCAACUUCGACAAGUCACUCGGGAACGAGAUGAGUUACGUAAACAGCUAGCCCUUUCUUCCCCUGGAUCUACAUUCGAUGAUUGCAGACCCAGCCCAAAGCCGAGCCAUGACUAUGAGAGACUGAAGAUGCAGUGCAUGAAAGCCAUGUCAGAUCUGCAGUCUCUGCAGAACCAACACACAAAAACACUUAAGAAAUGUGAGGAGGCAGUCAAAGAAGCAGAUUUUUAUCACACAUUGCACAGCCGCCUGAGAAAUGAUCAGUCUCAACUCAAAGAAGAAAUGGAGGCCAUUAAAAGGGAGAACACCCAGUUGCUACGGGAACACAAUCACGUUCAACAGACCUGUGAGGAAUUAAAGAGGCUCCAUGAGGAGGAUCAGAAGGAGAUCACUGAUCUACGCAGUCAGCAGCAACAGGUUAUGAGGGAAAAUGGCUCAUCUGAGAUUCUAAAUAAACUAUAUGAUACUGCCAUGGACAAAUUAGAAGGCUUAAAGAAAGAUUAUGAUGCACUAAGAAAGCGCUACAAUGAGAAGAUUGCCAACCAUAACACUGACCUCAGCCGUUUAGAGCGUGUGGAAGAGGAGAAUCGGCGUUUUCAGAAACAGAAUGAGAUGCUGAUGAAGCAAACAGAUUCUGCUGUUGUGGAGAAAACAUCAAUUCAGCAACAGUAUUUAUCUACAUUGAAGAGGUAUGACUCAAUACAACAUGAGUUAAGUAAGGCAACUGUACAGAACAAAGAGAUCCAGAGGGAAAUGGAACGGUUGCAAACUGAAGUGACUCGAUUCAAGACAUUACAGCUGAAAGCUGUAAAGGAUGCAGAGAAGUAUAAGGAAGAGAGGGAUACAGUGCUGAAUGAAUACCGCCUGGUCAUGAGUGAAAGAGACCAAGUACACAAAGAAAUUGACAAGCUGCAAACUGAACUGGAAUUGGCACAGGGUCAUCUUAAGAACACCUCAUCAGAGAGAAAAGUAGCCGGUGAAGAACUUGAAGCUCUUCGACAGGAGCUUCAUUCUGCGCUGGUAGAACGAGAUCAUGCUCUCUGUGAAAGGAAUGAACUGCUGGAGAAGUACUGCCAUGAAGUGAAGGACAAAGCAGAAGCUCAAAAGGAGCUUGAUCAGGCUUGUAAGGAUAUUGAGACUGUGAAAGAAGAGAGAGAUGUUGCUAGGAAGGAAAGAACAGAAGCUAUCAUCCAGAGAGAUCAGUUGCUGCGGGAAUACUACCAGGCCCGACAGUGUUUGAAUUUACAGAAACAAGAUUCAGCUACAUUGGACAUGGAAAGGGCCAGUAAGGAAAUCGAGAUGCUUCGGAAGCAGUGUGAGGCAAUGUCCCAGGAAUUGAAGGAAGGCAUACAGGAGGCAGAAGUAGCUAAACGUAGGCGAGACUGGGCAUUCCAAGAACGAGACAAAAUAGUUGCAGAAAGAGAAAGCAUAAGAACUUUAUGUGAUAACCUACGGCGGGAAAGGGACAGAGCAGUGAGUGACCUGGCUGAAGCUCUUCGGGAUUUAGAUGAUAUGAUGAAACAGAAAAAUGAUGCUAUACGUGAACUAAAGGAACUGAAAGAGAAAAUGGAAAACCAGCUGGAGAAAGAGGCCCGGAUUCGGCAGCUUAUGGCUCAUAAUUCCCACGAUUCAGCCAUUGACACAGAUUCCCUUGAAUGGGAGACUGAAGUAGUUGAAUUUGCAAAGGACAGGGAUGACAUGGAUUUGACGGCAUUAGGUUUUGAUGUAGCAGGAGGAGCUGAUGAGCCUUACCUACCUGGAGACACUGGGAUAUUCGUUACAAAGGUUGAUAAAGGGAGUGUUGCAGAUGGAAGGUUAAGGGUGAAUGAUUGCUUGCUCAGGAUAAAUGAUGUAGAUCUUACCAACAAGGACAGAAAGCAUGUCAUUAAAGCUGUACUAAACGGUGGAGGGGUAAUUAAUAUGAUAGUUCGAAGGAGAAAGUCUCUGGGAGGCAGAGCUAUUACUCCAGUUCAUAUCAAUCUUGUGGGCCACAAAGACAUUGGAAUCAGCUUGGAGACUGGAGUGUAUGUAGCUACUGUUGUUCCUGGCAGCUCUGCUGCUAGAGAAGGAUCCUUAACGGUGGGAGACAGACUGAUUACAAUAAAUGGUAUUGCACUAGAAAACAAGUCACUGACGGAAUGUGAAGCUUUGUUGCGAAAUUGCAGGGAUUCUGUCAGUCUUUCACUGAUGAAGGUGGUUCCUCAGAGUUCCUCUUGGAGUGGACAGAACAUACUUGAAACACUAAAGGAGUCUGAGAAAUCUGGUAACUGUAGGAUUCAUGAAUCGGAAGUACAGGUUCCUAAUUCUCGAAACUUGAAACACAACAGUUCAACACAGACUGACAUUUUCAGCACAGACUCGAGCUUACUUGACAGCAAAAAUGACAGAGCCAGUCAUGAAGACGGCACGUAUUGUGAACAUAAACAAUUUUCAAGCUGUCCUUUGCAGUCUAAUACACAUAGGGCAGCAGAUCAUACUUGCCACAAUUUUUCAGACCACGAAUCAGGCCCUUUCAACCCAGAGCUAUUUUCUGAUCAAGGUUAUGGGAUCGCAGAACAUGACAAAAGACGCUUCACGUUUGACCCAACAAUUACAAAUCGUGUGGUAGUGGAGACUGAUGCAGAAAAAGUGCAGAAUUCUAAACACAGUGGUGGCACCUGGCCAAAAACAAUCUUGGAUGUCUCACCUUCUGAACCUGGGAAACUCUCCAUUUUCAAACUACCAAAACAACGGAAGCCUAUUUUUGAUCCAGAUACUUUCAAAAGGCCACAGACUCCCCCAAAGAUGGAUUAUCUCUCUCCAACACAAAAGCAGGCACAUUCUCUGCAGUCCUCAAAGGGUGAAUCUGGUUCAACACCUCCAACACCACCUAAGAGGAGUGACUCAUUCAAAUUUAAACACAAACAACAAACUAGCUCGACUUCAGACUCUACGGUAACUACCGGGUCACCUCCAACAAGCCCCACAGGGCUUCAAUCUCCUGUGGCCCUUGGAGUAAAACAAGAGACACGACAUGAAGCUCAUGAUAUGAAGGCUGGCCACGAUCAACCUAGUCAGUACUUAGAGGGAACUGCUUUAAUGUCUUCAAGGACUUCUGAGGAAUCAGAAGGUAACCAGAGAGUCGAGGAAGAACCUGUGAACAGACGACGACCAAAAUCUGCUCCUGCAUUAAGACCAAGCAAACUUGCUCCCUUGAUUAUCUCUGGACUGUCUCCUCAGGAAAAUAUUGACCCCCAGUCGCACUAUGAGAGUCAUGCAUCUUGCUCACCAAUUCUCAAGUACAAUUCAAGUGAAGAACACCUCUCUUUGGAACUACACGAAUGGCACAGGAACACACCAAAACGCUCACAUAGGCACAGUAGUGGCUACGUACCUGUAGGCUAUAAUAGUCCAGCAUCAGCAGGCAAUGUACAGAGAAACUUUGUGCCUUGUCCAGCUGUGACAGCAGUCCUGCGGAAUCCAAACGUUCCUUUCUUCACGGUUCGGAGUCGUAUGGUCCACAGUACCAACUAUCCUUCCAUGGCUAGUCAGAUGUCCUAUCCCCAACAGCAGCAUAGUAGAGCAAGAAACCAUUCACCAACUGAAAGCUUUAAUGGUUCUCCACGGACCCGGCAUAGGCCUCAGAGUGCAAUUUGCUUUCCAGAAUCUGUGCAUGCCUUUGACAGUUUUAGCCCACAACAUCUCACACAUCAUAGCUUGGAUCUUACUGGCCCAGACAACAAACACUCAGCUGAUUUGUUGGAGUCCUCUAGAAGCACAGCAUCACAUGGAACACAGUCUCUGCCAGCCAGUGCGCGUAUUGCAGGUUCAUCAAGCAGCUUGGCUUUUGCUCCGAGUAAAAGUGGACGGAUUCGAAUCCCUUCAAACACCCGAUACCCGCGAUUGACUACAGGGUCUGACAGAGGUUCUGAGCGUAGUAGCCCCAGUUUGAUUACACCCCCACAGUCACCAAUGAACCUGGAGACAUCAUCAUUUGGCAGCAGUCAAUCACAGAGUUCAAUUUCUUCUCUAACAAAGAUCUCCAUCAGUCCUGUAUCAACAGGAGAACACAGGAAAGACAGAUACCUAUUCCGUAAUAGGUCCUUUCUGAGAAUUCCUCUCACUCCUAGGCCUCGAUUCUCAUCACUACGGAGUCUGAGGCCUUUUCUACAAGAACCCCGUCACGUGACUGUGCAGAAAGGAACUGAACCACUUGGAAUUUCAAUUGUGAGUGGAGAAAAUGGAGGGAUAUUUGUUUCCAAAGUAAUUGGUGGAAGCAUUGCUCAUCAGGCUGGACUUGAAUAUGGUGAUCAGUUACUUGAGUAUAAUGGCAUUAAUCUGAGGAACGCCACUGAGCAACAGGCUCGGUUAAUUAUUGGACAGACAGAGCCAUGUGAGACGAUCACCAUCUUGGCACAAUAUAACCCACAUAUGUAUCAACUAGGUAACCACUCACGUUCCAGUUCCCGACUGGAGCCAAUAAGCAACCAUUCAACUCCUCAAGGCAGUGGAGCAACAACACCCGACAAUCAUUCCAUAAUUGAUGCUGUGAGUGAACAGGAUGAAGGGACAAUAACCCCACCAUCGAAGCAAACCACUCCAACUACUAGCCCACGUGACUCAAUCAGAAAGUCAAUUGAUUCAACCAACCAAAUUGCUGAGCCAAGAUUCCUUUUCCUCAAGAAAACUCAGAUGGAAUUCGGGAUCCAAAUUUGUGGUGGAAAUCUAUAUGGCAUCUUUGUGGCAAAAGUGGAUGAUGACAGUCCAGCAAACGGUCCUGAUGGGCUGGUUCCUGGGGAUAAGUUAUUAGAGUACAAUGGCACUGAUAUGCGGAAUGUGACAGCUGAGCAAGCCUAUGUCGAAAUGCUGAAACCCACAGAAACAAUCUCUGUGAAAGCUCAGUACAGAAUAGAGGAAUUCAACAAGAUCAGAAGUGAAGCCGGAGAUGGAUUCUAUAUCAGAGCACUUUAUGAUCGAGUUGCCGAGGUAGAGCAUGAUUUAAGUUUUAAGAAGGAUGAUAUCCUUUACGUCGAUGACACUCUGCCACAAGGAAACUUUGGUUACUGGAUGGCCUGGCAAUUGGAUGAAAACGCUCAGAAAUUGGAAAGAGGGCAGAUCCCCAGCAAAUACAUGAUGGAUCAGGAAUUUUGCAGAAGACAUAGUAUGUCAGAGGUCAAGGAUGAAAAUGGUUCGGUGAAGACACUGUCAGCAGCAGCCCGGAGAUCAUUCUUCCGGCGAAAUAAAAAACAUAAACGGAAUAACUCAAAAGAUGGAAAGGAGAUGUUAGCUCUUGAUGCCAUAAGCACUGAUUCUAUCCCUUUGUUGGAAGAUUGUGGAAGUUUGGCUUAUCAAAGAGUGCAGAAAAUAGAAUGCACCUCGCCGAGGCCUGUGCUUAUUUUGGGACCAUUAGUGGAUGCUGUGAAGGACAUGUUAGUUAAAGAUUCCUCUGGAAAGUUCUGCAGAUGUCCACUAGAGGUUAUGAAAGCUUCGCAGCAGGCCAUUGAGCGAGGAGUUGCAGACUAUCUCUUCAUUGAUUACAAGAGGAGAAGUGGCCAUUUUGAUGUCACAACUGUUGCCUCCAUUAAAGAAAUAACUGAGAAGGAUAGCCACUGCUUGCUUGACAUUGCACCACAUGCUAUUGAGCGUCUACACCGAAUACACAUCUAUCCAAUCGUCAUAUUCAUACGGUACAAAAACCUGAAACAAAUCAAAGAGCAAAAGGAUCCAGUAUUUCUGCGGGAUAAAGGUACACAAAAAAAACAUUCCAAGGAACAGUUUGAGGCUGCUCAGAAGAUUGAACAGGAGUACACUAAGUUUUUCACAGGUAUUGUCCAAGGCGGCAGCCUGCCCUACAUUUGCACUCAGAUCAUGACAAUUGUUGAUCAAGAACAAAACAAAGUCUUGUGGAUCCCGGCUGGAACACUCUAGGACUGCACUUGGGUAGCUCAAACCUGCUUUGUUAUAAAGGUGUAAAAGCUGACAAUUGCCAUAUUGAGUACAUAUUGGAACAGUCUGAAGAUUGCAAAUUACACAGAACAGGCAAUGUACUUAUAGUGAAUGAAAAUGAAUCUCAUUGAGGGUGUUGGGUAAAUACUUUUAAAUAGGUUGCUACACAUUGACCUGGCAUCUGCUGUACUCUGGCAAUGUUACAGAAACACCCUCCAAAUUGGAUAUAUUCAGGAUUGAUUUUAAAAUAUCUUAUUCUACCUUAUCUCUCCACUCCCCCGAAUAAAAAUUUGAAAUAAGUGUUGCUGCAAUUAAAAUUUAGAACACAUGUUUACAAGUAAUAUUUCCUGAGUAUUUGUUUUAAAUGUUUACUUGAAUGUUUAUAUCCUAAUUUGUUAUUCUUUGUAUUUUGGAUAAUACAACUCUUCUGAAUGGGGUGAAGUUUGUGCAUGCGUACAGGCGUGUUUAGCUGGUUACAUGCUCGCGUCUUGUGAUUCUACUGGCAGAUUAAACCUAAUAAAAUUGGUACAGAGUGAUCAUGUAAGUGGGAAAAGAUAUUGUAAUUGGUACUGUUUGGAGUGGAUUAUGAAUUUUUAUGCACUCCUGUAAAGGGCAGACCACUGCAUUAAUUUUUUGUCUGUUGAAAAUAUAUUUUUCUGCAUGGAUCUUGAUAUUUAAGCAGCAUAAUGUAUCUGAUCAUAUUGUAUAAACUAAUACCUUAAUUAUUGGGCCUAAUGAUAUGUAGCAAGGGGUAAAGAGCUAUUAGCUAGGCCUGGCAUGCUGAUAUGACACUUUCUAAAAGCUGUAAAUAUUGAAGAAACUCAUCUUGGUGCAAUUUUGCAGUAUAUGUUGAGCAUUUUUGUUUUAAUUGAGUGUGUAGCAGUCAGAUUUAUUUAACUUUGAAACACUAUUUCCCUUGCUUGGAGUUUUGUCUAAGUAAAUGUAGUUUUGAGGCACAGUAAAUAAUUGUAGAGUUGUCACUGUCUGGAAUUUGGUCAUUGAGUCUGCAAUGCAAUGUCUAUGUUAUGUUCUCCACCCCCAAGCCCUACUCUCCCCCCCCCCACCCCCCCAGUACAUUGUGCCAAAUUGUCAACAUUAAUAUCCUCUGUUUUCACAUUGCACUUGUGAAUCCUGUGUGCCUAACACAGGAUUGCUUUUGAUCCUCCAGUUUGUGUCAUUUUUUAAAUGUAGUUUCCUACUGUACCUACAGUCUUCAAUGCAUAAAGAAAUACAAGACUGUUCCUUACAUUUCAUUAAUUGCCUGGUGCAUGAGAGCCUUUCAUAUGUUCAACAAAACUGCUCAUUUCUGAGUUCUAUAGUGAAAAGGGAUGUUUUUAAAGAACAAAAGGUUGUUCUACAUUUUAACAACUUGAUUUUCUUUCUAAAAAACAUUUUUUAAAUUAGAAUUAGUGCCUGAAGUAGCAUUGGGCCAGGUUAUUCAAUUGACUUCUCGUACUGCAGACAUGUAGAACAAUUCAGUUAUUUUCUAUAACAGCCUGACCUCGCAGUGAGGAAGUUUCCCUUUUACAUUCAAAGUGCCCAACCUUACUGUUGGACUUUUCAUUUUGGCUCAUUAUGUAAAUCCACCUGAUCCAAUGAUUUGAUCCCUACGCGCCUACUGCCAGUGUAAGUUGUUGCAGGGCUCAGUCAGAGUGUGACAGAAAUGGUACAGAGAAAACAGGUACUGAUAUUUUUUUGUGCUGAAAGAAGAAUGUUACUUUGUAUCAAAUGUAAAGCAAUUGAUUAGUACAAGAAUAAAGGUCAAUUUCUGAUAUCCAA